CUGGGGAGGACUCCUGCUGCUCGCUGUCUCAGCUUCAGACGCGGGGCGCAGUUCUAGGAGCCGGCACCAGGUCCAGACACCCCUCCAUCCACCAACACCCCAACGGCGCCAUGUGGCUCUCGUUGCUGCUGCUGGCAGUACUGCUGCUGGUGGUCCUCUGCAAGGUUUACUUCGGACUGUCUGCAGGAAAUUCCCCGAACCCCUUCUCUGAGGAUGUCAAGCGGCCACCUGCUCCCCUGGUGACAGACAAGGAGGCCAGGAAGAAGGUUCUCAAACAAGCUUUCUCAAUUAACCGAGUACCGGAGAAGCUGGAUGUGGUGGUGAUUGGCAGUGGUUUUGGGGGCCUGGCUGCAGCUGCGAUUCUAGCCAAAGCUGGCAAGCGAGUUCUGGUGCUGGAACAGCAUACCAAGGCAGGGGGCUGUUGUCAUACUUUUGGGAAGAAUGGCCUCGAAUUUGAUACAGGAAUCCACUAUAUUGGGGGUAUGCAGGAAGGCAACAUUAGUCGUUUUAUCUUGGAUCAGAUCACUGAAGGGCAGUUGGACUGGGCUCCAUUGUCCUCCCCUUUUGACAUCAUGGUCCUCGAAGGGCCCAGUGGCCGAAAGGAGUUCCCCAUGUAUAGUGGGAAGAAAGCCUAUGUUCAGGGCCUCAAGGAGAAGUUUCCCCAGGAAGAAGCUGCCAUUGAUAAGUAUAUGGAACUGGUUAAGGUGGUAGCCAGUAGAUCCAUUCAUGCCAUCAUGUUGAAGAUCUUCCCACUGCCUGUGGUUCAGCUUCUUGACAAGUGUGGUCUGCUGACCCGUUUUUCUCCGUUCCUGCGUGCCUCUACUCAGAGCCUAGCUGAGGUCCUGCAGCAGCUGCCAGCUUCCCCCGAGCUUCAGGCAGUGCUCGCUUACAUCUUCCCCACUUAUGGCGUGAUCCCCAGCCAGACUUCCUUUUCCAUGCAUGCUUUGCUGGUAAACCACUACCUGAACGGGGCCUUUUAUCCUCGUGGGGGCUCCAGUGAAAUUGCCUUCCAUACCAUCCCUGUGAUUCAGCGGGCUGGCGGUGCAGUUCUGACAAGGGCCACCGUGCAGAGUGUGUUGCUGGAUUCAGACGGGAAAGCCUGUGGGGUCAGUGUGAAGAAGGGCCAGGAGCUGGUGAACAUCCAUUGCCCCAUCGUGAUCUCAGACGCAGGACUAUUCAAUACCUAUGAGUACUUGCUACCAGAGUAUGUCCGCUGCCUGCCAGGUGUGAAGCGGCAGUUGAAGAUGGUGCGGCCAAGCUUGAGUAUGAUGUCUAUUUUCAUCUGUCUACGAGGCACCAAGGAAGAGUUGGGCCUGAAGUCCACCAACUACUAUGUUUAUUUUGACACAGACAUAGACAAAGCUAUGAACCAGUACUACUCUAUGCCAAAAGAAAAGGCUUUGGAGCACAUCCCCUUCCUUUUCAUUGCUUCCUCAUCAGCCAAGGACCCCACGUGGGAGGAGCGAUUCCCAGACCGGUCCACGAUGAUUGUGCUGGUGCCCACCGUCUUUAAGUGGUUUGAGGAGUGGAAGGAGGAACCAAAUGGCAAACGGGGCAGCGACUAUGAGACCGUCAAAAACUCUUUUGCUGAAGCCUCUCUGUCAGUUAUUAUGAAGCUGUUCCCUCAGCUGCAGGCAAAGGUGGACAGUGUGAUUGUAGGAUCUCCGCUGACCAAUCAGUUCUACCUGGCUGCUACCCAGGGUUCCUGCUAUGGGGCUGACCAUGACCUGGGCCGCUUACAUCCUUUUGCAAUGGCCUCUCUAAGGGCCCAAAGCCCUAUUCCCAACCUCUACUUGACAGGCCAGGAUAUCUUCACCUGUGGAUUGAUAGGAGCACUGCACGGGGCCCUGCUCUGCAGCAGUGCCAUCCUGAAGCGGAAUCUGUACUCAGAUCUUAAGAAGCUUGGCUCAAAGAUCUACACACAGAAGAAAAAUUAGGGAAUCGGGUGGUGACACACCUGGUUGAGUGUGUUACAAUGCGCAAAGACCUGGGUUCAAAAGCUUCCCACGUGGUGAAGCAGUGCUGCAGGUGUCUCUCUGUCUCUCUUCCUCUUAACCUCCCCAACCCCUUUAAUUCUGUUUCUAUUCAAAAUAAAUAAAGAUAGUAAAGAAAUAGAAUGGGGGGGCUGGGCAGUGUUGUAGCGGGUUAAGUGCACAUGGCGCUAAGCAGUGCAAGGAUCCUGGUUUGAGCCCCCAGGUCCCCAUCUGCAGGGGGGAAGCAUCACAAACAGGGAAGCAGGUCUGCAAGUGUCUUAUCUCUUCCCUCCUCUCUCUUCCUUUUCCUUUUCAAUUUCUCUCUGCCCUAUCAAAAUUAAUAAAUAAAUAAAUGGCCACAAGAGCUGUGGAAUCACAGUGUGGGCACUGAGCCCCCAAGAUAACCCUAGAGGCUAAAUAAAUAGAAUACAAAGAAUUAGUUUUGCCAGGGAAGUCAGAGGAAUUUGCUCAGUACUAAUGGCACAGACCCACCCUGACUAACCCACAUAUCUCUGAAUAAGUUCUUUGCUAACACAUAAGGCACUGAUUUUUUUUUUAAUUUUAAAGAUUUUGUUUAUUAAUGAGAAAGAUAGGAAGAGAAGGAAAGAACCAGAUAUCACCCUGGUACAUGUGCUGCUGGGGCUUGAACUCAGGACCUCAUGCUUGAAAGUUCAGUGCUUUAUCCACUGACCCAUCUCCCAGACCACUUUCUUUCUUUUUAAAAUAGAGGUAGAGUGUAUGAAAGAGACCACAGUACCAAAGCAUCCUUCAUGUGGCAGGAUGCAGUUUCAAACCUGGAUUAUGCAUGCUCAUGGCAAAGCAGCACACUAGCCCAGUGAGCUAUUUCAUCAGCCCUGGUUUCAGUUUCCAAACACAGGUCUAAUAUAUAAACCUAGCACACAUCACAGUUCUUAAAGCUGAAGCUCUUCCAGCUGGCACAGGUGAUGCUUUCUCUCAGACCUUUUCUAACAUGCUAUCCCUACUAACAGGCUCAAACCAAGGCAGGCUGAUCUGAAUAAUCUUACAGCCUCAGCAAGAAGUGCUAUACAUCCCACUCUCAUACUAAACCUAAACAGGUAGGACCUAAAAUGGUUAGAACCUUGAAUGGAUCAGUGAGUUGAAUCAGCUGGUCCAGUUGUCCCCAGGCUUCCCCUUCAUGCUGGAUGCUAUGUAAGAGCUGUACACUGUUGAGGUGACAGGAUGCCUAACGAAGUUUCAGUCAAAACCUGGGCAUGUUCAUAGAUUCAGAGGCCUCCAGGUUCCCCUUUUUGGUUCCAGUGACAUGAGAGUAGGAACAUACAUGUGAUAGGUUCAAUGUGGUUGUGGGGGGCAGGCGUAGUGACAAGAUGUAUUAGUAAGGUAUAUGUUUGGAAGGACAGGCCAAUUGGUAUGUAGCCAUGCUUUAGUGAAUAAGGAUCAUUGGCUUCUCAAUGUAGCAGCACCAAGACACCAAUAUGUGGGCCUCAAGUCUUACAGCUACAAGGACAGUGUUAAAACAAAACCAGGGGGUUGAGCAGUGGUGCACCCAGUUAAGUGCACAGUACUAAGUGCAAGGACUCAAAAAAGGAUCCAGGUUUGAGCCUUGGGCUCCCCACCUGCAGGGGGGGAUGUUCACAAGCAGCAAAACAGGUCUGCAGGUGUCUCUAUCCCCCCACCCCUUUCUCAAUUUAUGUCCUACCCAAUAAAAUAGAAAAAAAAUGGCAAGAACCCUGGAAGAAAAAAAAAAAAACUGAAUUGCCAAAUCAGCAUCUUGGACAUAUGUGAGAGCCAUAAGAAUACAGCUAGUCUUGUUUUUUGACAAGGAUUACAACUCAUACUUUCUGACUCUGAAGCAGUGGCCUGAGACAUGAUGUUCAUCAGCCAUUAGGGGAUGCAUGGAGGGACCCAGGCAUUGGUUCACCUGGUUAAGCGCACACAUCACAAUGCACAAGGACACAGGUUAAAAGCCCUGGUCCCCACCUGCAGGGGAAAAGUUUCACAAGUGGUGAAGCAGAGUUGCAGGUGUCUUUGUCUCUCUCCCUCACUAUCUCCCCUCCCCCUCUCAGUUUCUCGUCUCCAUCAUAAUACAUAAUACAUAAAGGAUGCAUAGAGAACAGCAGAUCCGUAAUACCUGUCCCCCAGUUCCCAGAAUGGAGAAGUGGGACAGACAGGAGGAAGAAUGGCCCUCCUUCCAUAGUUGCUUAAUGCAGAGGUAACAGUGAGUCAUGGCAACCUGAGAGGCAGCUCAGUGAAUAGACUUGUAUGCACAAGGUCUUGAGUUUGAUUGAAGGCAUCACAAGUGCCCGAGUGAUUUUUGGUUCUCUAAUAAAUUACAAAUUUUUAAUUGAGCCAUGGAUGAUAUUGCUACGUUGUAGAAUUUCUUAAAUAUUAAUUUUAACCUGCCUUCAUAUAUAUACAGUACAUACACUCUUGGGACUAGUUCUUAGAGCAAGGUGGGGGCUAUUCUCAAGUAUUAGUCUCUCCUGGACUUGAAUCCUUGAAUUGCCUAAUAAAUUCAUCUAGAAAAACUA